AUGUCUGAUCUUUCAUCAUCCAGUCAAAUAUUUCUUUUACUAAUAUUAUUAUUUAUUUGUGUACUUGUCAUUCAUUUAUUAAUUCGAAAACGUUUCAAUUAUUUGCCUGAAAGUGUUGCUGUCAUCUACAUUGGUGCCAUAUUUGGUUUUCUAUUAAAAUUAAGUAAUCAAUGGUUAUCACCUACUGCUACACCAUCAGCAUCGACAUCUCAACUUUUAAAUUCAAAUUUAUUUUUUAUGUUAUUUCUUCCACCGAUUAUAUUUGAACAAGGUUAUCAUUUACAUAAAGGCAAUUUUUUUCAAAAUCUUGGGACAAUAACAACAUUUGCCAUAUUUGGAACAACAAUUAAUGCAUUGACAACAGGAGCUGGACUUUGGCUGUUGGGUACAUGGAAAUUAUCCUAUAAAUUACCUUGGCGUGAAUGUUUCAUUAUUGGAUCAUUGAAUUCAGCAAUUGAUCCUGUUGCCAUUUUAUCUAUAUUUCAAGUAUUGAACGUCGAUCAACUACUCUAUAUGUUAGUUUUUGGUGAAAGUAUUUUAAAUGAUGCUGUUGCAAUUGUAUUGACAAAUGUUAUAGUUGAAUCAAAAACUCAAAUAAAAAAUUUAUCAUUCAAUUCAACAACAUUAAAAACAAUGGCAGUUAUUGGUCUAUUAGCAACACCACAAACAAUUACAACUUCUACAACAAAUAAAUUAUUGUCAUCUGAUCUAGUCUAUUCUCAAAAUGUUGUUGGAAAAUCACCAAAACUUGUGUUGCCCUUUGAACAAAAUGAACAAAAUCGUCUACCAUGGAAAAAUCCAGAAGACGAGAAUGAGAAUGAGAGUGAAGGAGACGAACAAAGAGAUGGAAAUGAGUAUGAUGAGCCAGAAACAAGAAAUAAGAAAUCAUUAAUAGGUAUAUUGCCACCAUCAUCAUCAUCUAUUACAUCAACACAACUAUUGACUACAAUUAAAUCAUUAUUUCAAAUAUCAACAAAAUUUUCUCUUAUGUUUUAUUUAUCAAGUUUUAUCGGACUAAUUUUUGGUCUAAUUAGCGCAUUGAUAACAAAAUAUAUAAAUUUUGAUAAAAGUGCAAUAUCAUUAGAAAUUUCAUUUAUGUUUAUAAUAUCAUAUAGUUCAUAUAUGUUAGCUGAAUUAUUACAUUUAUCCGGUAUUAUGUCAAUAUUAGUUUGUGGUUUAACAAUGAGUCAUUAUACACAUCAAAAUUUAUCACAAAAUGGAAAAAAAUCAAUACAAACAUUAUUUCGUACAAUUGCAUUUUUAGCUGAAACAUGUGUAUUUGCUUAUUUAGGUUUAGGUAUAUUUGAAUAUAAACAUGAAUUUCAUUUAAAUUUAAUUAUAUGGACAAUUAUUUUAACACUUGUUGGUCGUGCUGCUCAUGUUUUUCCAUUAUCAUUUAUUUUAAAUUGUUUUCGAACAAAACAACAACGAAUAACAUUACCAAUGCAGUUAAUCAUGUGGUUUAGUGGAUUAAGGGGUGCUAUAUCCUAUGCAUUAUCGGUACAUGUAGGAAAAUAUUAUGGUGAAGAUGAAGAAGAACUGAAACGUAUUUUAGUGACAACAACAUUAAUUACUGUUUUAUUUACAAUAUUAGUUUUGGGUGGUUUAACAAUGCCCGUUGUUAAAUGUAUGAAGAAAUAUGCUCCACAAAAUCAUCAACAACAAAUAAAUAAUAGUCAUAGAGAUAAUGAUAAUGAUACAUCAGAGCGAACAUUGAUGAGUAAAACAAGAUUAUAUGAUGAUAUAUUGAAUAAUGAUGAAAAUUAUUUAAAACAACGUCGAAAACAUGUUGGAAUGGAUAAUGAUGAAGAUGAUGAAUAUGAAAUACAAUUUAUGAAACCAAAUCAAUUGAAAGGCAUGGAAAAAUUAAAUGAAUACUAUAUUAAACCAUUAUUAGUAAGAAAAAUAUCGUUAAAUAAUGAAACAAGAAGUUCUAUUGCAUUUGAUAAUAAUAGUAAUAAUCAUGAUGAUAGAAAACCAUUACUAGAACAAGAAACAAUAAAUGAAAAUAAUUUUAGUGGUAAUAAUAAUAAUAAUAAUAGAAAAAAGAAACAACAAACUAAACUUAUUAAAAAAUCAAAAUCAAAUAUAUUAUUAAAAAAUGAUCAAUUUGAUUCAAUACCAAUUAGUGAUGAUGAUGAUGAUGAUGCUGAAGAUGAUAUUUUAGUUGUUCCAAAUCUUCAACAUGAAUGUUAUCAAUUACGAACAAUUACAGAUACAACAUUAUCAAGACAAAAUCGAACAAGUUUGAGUACAUUACCACCUGAUGAAGAUGAUAGUUGA